GAUGUGCUGAUUGAUGAGGAGAAGCCCAGAACUAAUCGGACUGCUCUCGACGUUGGUUAUUUCCGCUGGUUGGUGAACAUCCGCGUCGGGUAUCUCGUUUUUCGGGUGAAGAACCGCUGCCAUAUAGAGCCUUACCUCCCCAGCCGUUUUGCUCGUCAGUUUGGUUACGACCAACUAUAUGUUGGGAACCCGAGCCGUGGUUUGAAGAUUGAAGGAGGGCUUAUUGACGGCGUUCGGGCAUGGCUAUGGACCAUGGUGGGCUGUACUGGGGCUCAGUUUGCUCUUCCUUCAUCCAGACGCAAGCCGUUGAUCACUUUCCUCAGCUGCAAGUGGUUUCUUUCUGCCAACGAAUCUAUAGGCGUGAGGAGUCUUUCAGAGUUGCAGUCUGAGCACUUGGUUCAAGUCACUAUGAUGGCUGCUCGUAAGGCUGAGCUUACUAAGAAACAGGGGAAGAAGCCUGCCAAACCUAAGAAGCCUGCCAAACCUUCCCUCUCGAGCAGAGACAGGAUGGAGGAUGAUGAAGAGCUCCUUCCUAUUGAUGAUGAGGACGAGACUUCUGAGGAGGGAUAUGUGGAUAUAGAUACUGACGAAGAAGAACUUAAUGCAGGUAGGACAGUCGAUGAGCAGGAGUCGCUCGCUUCUCAUUAUGCGAGAUCCCGGCAUAGCAGCGAGGCUCCUACACAUGUUGAGACGCGUGGCAAGUCUAUGCACGAAUGACCCGUUGGUUCUAUGAGGGCUGGUACUCCGAAAAAGAAGAACACCGCUCAUAAACCACACGUUGGUCGGUACCCCUACGGAGUGGAUUUAGGAGACAUCGCCGACGGAGAGGAAGGUAGUACUUUGUUGUCCUUAUUGCUUUAAGAUGAUUUACCUUCUGGGAUUUGUAACCAGGUUUUAUGUUCCGGGAUACUAUGAAGACGGCGAACUUCCACCGGACCCUGUAUUCCCUGGUUCUGAUAAUAUGGAUAGCUUCAUGCAGCAGAUGUGUGACGCCAUUCGUAACGAUUCCAUGGAUGUCGAUAUGAACCUUGAUACUGAGCUACGUUCAGGUAACUUAAAGAACCCAAGCAUGGAUAUUGGGGAGAAAGAAUAUUCUGUUCCUUCUGCAGAUGUUGUAAUAGAGAAGCCAGUUGAGGACGGGGCCUUUCAUGAUGUAAGUUUCGAAGAACAAGGGCGUGUCUCUGCACCAAGUUUCUCGGGACCUGACAUUGGAUUAUUAGUUGACAUGCUGGCUGAACAAGCCACUAGAGAAACCGUAGGACCACCCUUUGAGAGUGAUUCAUCCACAGUACCAGUCAUUGAGACCGAUUUAGUAAUGAUCCCCGGCCUAUCUAGUUUACCUCGGAGUGACGAACUUGCAGGACCAACCACUGGGACUGAUACCCUUAUGACUCCUGACAUUCCCCGUGUACCUGAGGAUGAUGGAUUUGCAGGACCAGCCGUUGUGCCUGAUGCCACUACAGUUUUUGAGACUGAUUUGCCUACAGGUGUUGAUAUACCCUCCAUGACUACUCCUGCCGUUAUCUCAGAGUCUAUCAGACCUCAAUCCGAGGGGGCCUCCGCUGGCGUUGGAUCUCGAUCAUCUCUAUAUGAGCAUGUUCGCGCCCUCUUGGCCGAUACUGAUCCAGACAGAGACAUUUUCCGUACAGACCUCGGCUUUUUUACCGCCUUUUUAACGGCAUGAUCGAGAAACUGCUUCAUCGAGGAUAUUGUUUUGAUCAGUUCAGGCGUUCCUUUUCUCGUCACAUGAUGAUGUUUAGAGAAGAAGGAUAUCCGGAGUUGGCUGAUUCCUUCAUUGCCGAUUUUACUGC